GCCGCAUUGAUGCUGGCUGAAGCUGCGUGUGACUGGGGUGCACCACCACGUGCCCCACCACGUCCUCGACCUCGGGCCGAGAAGAAAUUGUUCAGCUCAGGCCGACGAGCCCGGCUGAUGUCGAGGAUUUGCUUGACCUCAGUGGCGCGCUUCUCAGCUGCUUGUCACGUGGUGAAGGUUUCAAGCUCGAUCUUCCGGUACACGCGGGAGGGGAUGCCACUCAGGUACUUGUCGCGUAGUUCCAGGUCCCCAUACCCGGAACGGUCCGCCGGACCCUUGAACAGCGCGGAGAAUUCCGCGGCACUCUACUUGUGCCGCUGCCUCGUCGUCGAGAUUUCCGAAGCGGGCCCUGAAGGCGGCGGCAAAGGCCGCUUCGUUUGCGAACGGGGUCGUAGCCCCUUGCACACCCACCUGCACCGAUGCGAGCUGGGCAAAGUAGGGAGUGGCCCACGCGCGGGCAUCUCCAUCGAGCAGGCUGAGUGCGACCUGCACCUUAAGCUCGACGGUGGUCAACGACGUGUUGACCAGCCAUCUCCUUGUCGGGGGCGGCUGCAGGGGACGACAUUAUCGGCGUCGGGGGGGACGGAGGACGCUGCGGGGGCGGAGGCGGCUGUGGUGGCCCUCCGCUGGUCGAACUUUGAGAGGAGCGAGUGCUCGAGCGGCCUCUCGGUGGAGUCGGCGGUGAAGGCGCCGAAGGAAGUUCGGUGGGGGGGUCACGUACGUCAGGGACUGCUGACGCGGGGGCGAGCGCUGUCGGCGAGGCGGACCCAGUAG